GGCGAUAGUCAUGCACUUGGCAAAAAUACACCGGAUCAGUUGAAGGAAAUGUGGACAAAAUGUUAAUACUUAGAAAAUGUCAUUUUGGCUAACUCGCUUUGGUGAUCUUUACUGAAGGAUGCGCUGUAAUGGCUUUGCUUUAGCGACCCGGCUGACUUUGUUGAAUCGCACCGCAGCACCUUCCUGGCUGCCUUGUCUCCCUCGCGGUUGUUGUUGACGUUCCCAGCGGAUACAUAGUCCCAGUCCAUCAUCAUGACCAAGGACAUUGUGCUUGGAGAUGAAUUACCAGACUGGGUGGGUGCUAAGGAGUUUUACCAGAAGUAUGACCCGAAAGAGGUGAUUGGCAGGGGUGUGAGCAGCGUGGUACGCAGGUGUGUGCACAGACACACGGGACAGGAGUUGGCCGUCAAGAUCAUUGAGAUCACAGCAGAGAAGAUGACCAUCCAGCAGCUGGAGGAAGUGAAGACAUCCACGCUGAAGGAGAUCCAAGUCCUCAACAUGGUGAAGGGCCACUCCUCAAUCAUUACACUUGUUGACUCAUACGAGUCUGCAACCUUCAUCUUCCUGGUGUUUGAUCUCAUGAGGCGAGGGGAGCUGUUUGACUACCUCACAGAAAAAGUUACACUGAGCGAGAAGGAAACAAGGAGCAUGAUGCGAGCUCUUCUACAAGCAGUACAGUACCUCCAUUCUCGCCACAUCGUCCACCGCGACUUGAAACCUGAGAACAUUCUGCUGGAUGACCAGGGCCACAUCAAAUUGUCCGACUUCGGGUUCUCGGUGCAGCUGCAGCCUGGGGAGAAGCUACGAGAGCUUUGUGGAACCCCGGGAUAUUUGGCCCCCGAAAUACUCAAGUGCUCCAUGGAUGAAAUGCACCCAGGCUACGGAAAAGAGGUUGAUCUGUGGGCGUGCGGCGUGAUCCUUUUCACCUUGCUGGCCGGCUCGCCGCCAUUCUGGCACCGCAAACAGAUGCUGAUGCUGAGGAUGAUCACGGAAGGUCGAUACAAGUUCAGCUCGCCCGAAUGGGAUGACCGGUCCGACACUGUGAAGGAUCUGAUCUCCAAGCUGCUGGUGGUCGACCCCGCUGUGCGUCUCAACGCAGAGCAAGCCUUAGCACAUCCUUUCUUCAGGCAGUACCAGAAGGAUCAGGUGCGGCGCUUCAGCCCCAGAAGGACAUUCAAGGUGCUGAUUGUCACCGUGCUGGCUUGCAUCAAAAUGUACAGUCGCUACCGCAGGGCUCGACCUCUGACCCGUGAUAUCUUGGCCAGAGAUCCCUACUCCCUCCGUGGCGUUCGCAAGCUCAUUGACGGCUGUGCCUUCCGCAUUUACGGGCACUGGGUGAAGAAAGGGGAGCAGCAGAACCGAGCGGCGCUCUUCCAGAACACGGCUAAGAUCAUGUUGCUGGAGCUGGAGGACUUUGAAACAUAAACCUCAUUCUUCUUCAAAUGUGUUUUAAUGUAUAUGUAAUAUAUGGUUGUGUUGUUGCUGUUUAAUUUUAAGAGUUGGGGAAUUGAUGCCUUACUGCAUGGUAUCUUUAAGAAGAGCACGCACAUCUUAAUAAUAAUAAUCCUGUUUGAAGCUCUUCGUGUUAAGUUUGCAUUACAGGGGAUGUUGCAAUACAUCCGAUAUUACAUUUGUUUAUUUGGGAUCCUAACACUUGACAAUGUGAUUAAUUAUUUUACAUAUUAUCAAAAAAUGUGAUUUAUAUUUAGAUGCUAUAGUUGUAUGACUCUGUACUGGACUAACUCGAUGCAUGUUUUUGGGCAUAAAUCUCAUUCCACUUCCAACUUAUUCCCAGCAGCUUUUGUUGAUGAUAAACAAGCACUUGAGUUUGAAGUACUUGUCAGCAGACAAAAAUAAUAUUUUAUAUUUUUAUACAAAGAAUAUUUGCCUCU